GCUGACCCCGCCCUAGAGUCAGUGUGGGUACCUGCGCGUGCGGAGCGGGAUCAUGGCGGGACGUCUUCUUCACCGGGCCUGGACAACAUCACUGCGGAUCAGGAGCAACGUGGCGGUCAGGCCGAUACACCGAGCCGCUGCCCUGGCCUCAGAGAGAGGAAUACCAACAGAUGAGGAGCAGGCCACUGGACUGGAGCGACGCAUCCUGAUGGCCCUUAAAGAGGGAAAGGAUCCCUACAGUAUACUGAAGCCCACAUACUACCCAGGCACCAAGGAAGACCCUCAGAUCGUGCCAUGCACUGGGAACAAGAGGCUGGUGGGCUGUAUUUGUGAGGAAGACAACACUGCGAUUGUGUGGUUCUGGGUUCAUGAGGGAACUCCCCAGCGCUGUCCUUCCUGUGGCACCCACUAUAAGCUGAUGCAUCAGGACUUGCCUCAUUGAAACUUAAAAUGCAGAAAUGGGACACAGAACUGUCCAUGUUUGCCUUCUUCAUGUGCAUAUCAUUUAACAUAUACAGUUGAUCAUUAAAAUGUAAAGCUGAA